CGGGCCGGGAGCGUGGGAACAACGCGCCGCCUUCUCGCUGUUUACUCUUGGUUUCGACGACCCGCGACCUCCGCCGACGUCAUCGGAGGUCGAGUCGCGACCUCGUCGUCUAUUUACUCUCUUGGUCCUACCGCCUCGCCUCCCGCCGUCGGACGCGCCGAAUCCCGGUCGGUGGCGCCACGGGCGCGAUCUCCGCUAUCUCCGGCGUCGAGGGCGCCCCGGUCGCCCACGUCACCCGCGCCGCCUUUUAUAAGCGGCGGGCGGAGGAGGCGGCGGCAUACGCGCGACGCUCUUCUCUCUGACAUGUUGAUUCGCUGGACGUUGGCGCUCUUCUUGGUCGGCGGGGCGCUGGCCGACUGCCCCAACUCCGAAUUCAUUCAGCCUUCCUGCUCGUGUAAAACCCUCUUCGUCGGGACGCACGUGGUCUGCUCCAACGUCAACUCCACAGACACCCUGCGAGACGUCUUCAACAUUCUGGUCAACUACAGGGUGGCCACUCUGCUCUUUAGGGGCCUGCGGACGGCCGACCCCCUUCCCUCCGACGUCUUUCGCGGGAUGAACGUCAACAACCUGCAUCUGGUGGACUCUGUCUUCUCCUUCCGAGACCGGGACCUGCCCUUCUCCGGCCUGGAGGCCUCCCUGACUCAGCUGGACCUGAUGAACUGCAACGUAGGGGGCGGGGGGUUGGCCCGCACCAACCUCACCCACCUGCUGCACCUGUCCGAGUUCAACGUCCAGUUCGUCCACUUGGAAACCGUCUCCGGCGACUGGUUCGGUCGGGGUCCUGACAAGAUCAAGAACCUGCGGCUGGACCACGACGAGAUAACCUCGGUGGAAGAGGGGGCCUUCCGGGGCCUGACCCAACUGCAGAAACUGUCCCUGGCCGACAACCGCCUGCAGGACGUGAACAGGGGCAUCCUGCCCCGACCGGCUUCCAAACUCAAGUGGCUAGACCUCAGCUACAACAGACUGAAUUCCCUGCCGGAAGACUUCUUCCACGACAUGCCCCAUCUGAAGAGAGUGGUGCUGUCGGGAAACCGAUUCGAGUCCCUGCCCCAGAACACGUGGAAAGUGGUGUGGACUAUGCUGGAUCACCUGCUGCUGAAAGACAACCCGGUGGUAUGCGAUGGAAACAUCAAGUGGCUGUACGAAGAUCCGAGGAGGGAUCGCCUGGAAGGCACCUGCAAUUCGCCCGAGGAACUGCAAGGAACGGAACUGUCCGGUCUGACUGCGGACCAGCUGUAGCCGUGAAGACCCGGUCCGCGCCUCCCUAUUUAUUAACUUCCGUCCCUUUAUUUAUGAGGUCCUCCCCUGUAAAUACCGCGUCAAUAAAACUCUCCAGUCUCGUA